GAAGAAAAAGAAGACAUCAAAAACAUGCUGUCCUGCUAUAUUUAAUUUUUAGAGCACAGUGGAAGAGCCCAUCAUCUCCACGACCGAGGAGGCGUGGCAGUUGCGAUAACAUUUGCUGAUAGAAGAUGCCCGCGGGUGUGUCUUGGCCGAAGUACCUAAAAAUGUUGGGAGCCAGCAUGUUGUCCAUGUUUGCUGGUGCCGAGGUCGUCCAUCGAUAUUACCGCCCUGAUUUGAGCAUUCCGGAGAUUCCUCCGAAGCCUGGAGAACUGCGAACAGAACUUCUUGGACUGAAGACUGAACAGACAUCCUCUGAGAAACACUGAUGAUAAUAAAUCUGUGUGUGUUUGUAUAUGUGUGUGUGUGUGUGUAUGUGUGUGUAAACCUAAUGUAAAGAUGUAAACAUGUUUCAGUAUGGUGACCUUGAAAUACUUUAUUCCUUAUUCAAGAAUAAAAGUUCUUGUAUUUUUAUAAAUGUGAUUUUG